GAACCGUUGUAAAUCGGGCAAACGAAUCUUGAAACUAGUUCCUUUAAUAUUCUAGGAAACGACAUCAUUUAACAAAACAUGUUUUUAGGGAGAAGGAAGUGGAAAUUUUGGAACAGAUUUAAAUAUCCAACACGUCAACCGCGACUCAGAUAUCAAGGAUUACGGGUCUAGUUCAGAUAUCCAGAAGUACGACUUUAACUCAGAUAUCCAGGAUUACAAUUCUAACUCAGAUAUCAAGGAUUACAAUUCUAACUCAGAUAUCCAGGAUUACAAUUCUAACUCAGAUAUCCAAGAUUACAAUUCUAACUCAGAUAUCGAGGCUUACAAUUCUAACUCAGAUACACAGACGUACGAACCCAACUCUGAUAUAUAUGAUUAUCAAUAUGAUACAAAUAUUAAAAGUUUCGCAUCAGAAUACGAUUUUCAUGAUAAUCACCCCCUCCUAGACCCGAGCUCCAAUAUCCUAGACCCGAGCUCAAAUAUCCUAGACCCGAGCUCAAAUAUCCAAGAUUUCUCAGACUUUCCAUUUAAGUCUGGCUUUCCUCUAGAUAUUAGAAAUAGUGGUUUCAACUCAAGAUUUAGCUCUGAUGUCCAGGAUGCUGAGUUCUUCUUCAACCCAGAUCCAAGCCCUGAGAAGGACGAAUUAAGCUUGGAGAAUUUUCCAAAUUUCUUGGAAUAUGAUUUCAAUCCGAAAUCUAACUCCGAACUGGAAGAAAAUUUGAACUUUUAUCCUUCCAACAAAUCUACAUCUUUAUCCAGUGAUUUUGAUGGGAAUGAUUCGGAGCAAACUUUAUCUCCGGGAACUAAACCUGGAAUUGAACUGAGCUCUUUGAUGAACCAUCCUCAAGAUAUGUAUUCUGGUUCAGAAAUCAACGAUGGGUUGGAUACUCAGACCAAUAUAAUUUCUAACAACUCUCUCAAUAACGACCUCAUCUACACGAUCACUGCUUCUGAUAAUGAACCCAGUAGAGCUCUUCUCAAUACAGUUUCUGACACUGAACCCAGUAGAGCUCUUCUCAAUACAGUUUCUGAUACUGAACCCAGUAGAGCUCUUCAAAAUACAGUUUCUGAUACUGAACCCAGUAGAACUCUUGUCAAUAUAGUUUCUGAUACUGAACCCAGUAGAGCUCUUCUCAAUACAGUUUCUAAUACUGAACCCAGUAGAGCUAUUCUCAAUACAGUUUCUGAUACUGAACCCAGUAGAACUCUUCUCAAUACAGUUUCUAAUACUGAACCCAGUAAAGCUCUUCUCAAUACAGUUUCUUAUACUGAACCCAGUAGAGCUCUUCUCAAUACAGUUUCUUAUACUGAACCCAGUAGAACUCUUCUCAAUACAGUUUCUGAUACUGAACCCAGUAAAGCUCUUCUCAAUACAGUUUCUGAUACUGAACCCAGUAAAGCUCUUCUCAAUAAAGUUUCUGAUACUGAACCCAACUCUUCUCCGGAUUCUCCACCCAACCCUGUUUCUAAUUUUGAAGCCAACAAUUCUCCGGUUACAUCUCAACCACUAGUUUCUAAUGUUGACCCGGUUAUCUUGUCAUACACUGGUUCUGAUGUUGAAUCCCUAUCUACGCUGGGUUCUCCAAGAGUUCCUAAAUUUUCCAAUCUUUUGACUAAGGAUCCUCUGAACCCUGGAGUUGUUUUCUAUCAAGAUAUCCCUAGAUGGGAGGAGGAAUCUUUCCCCCAGUACUUCCCAAGAUACUAGGAUUAACCCUUCCCUUCCUUAUCUUGUCGACCUUCCAAACCUUCCAAUCUUCCAGUCUUAUUUCUUUUUAUAGCCUUCUAACUUUCCAACCAUCCAACCAUAUCCUUUUUCCAACCUUAGCAACGAUUGAACCUUCCAAUCCUAUUCCCUCCAAGAAUCCAACCUUCCAAUCCUAUUCCUUCAAAAAAUGCAACAUUCUAAUCCUAUUCCUUCCAAGAAUCCAACCUUCAAAUCCUAUUCCUUCCAAGAAUCCAACCUUCCAAUCCUAU